AUAUAUGAAAACAGAAAGCAAAUCUCUGUCUUCUAAAUCUUAAGUCAUAGCAAGAGAAACAUUUCAUCAUAAAAUUCUAGGUUUGGAAAUUUGAUUUGUCUCCUGAUCAACUGGCUGAAACAUCUUUCUGUUAAUGUUGAUUCCUUACACUGGAAAAUUCCUAGACUAUUAUUUUGUAUGAGUGAGAAUUUCUUUUCUCGUUUUCAAUCCAAACCACAUAGAAAGAAUGUAAAAAUGGAGGCUGUGCACUUUGAAUUUAUUCUCAGCAUUUAGGCUGCAGUAUUACAGCCCAAUAUUCACCAGUAGGAGGCAUUAUCUAAACAUGUUGAGAAAUUUUCAUUCCUAGGGAAUGACAUUGUUUCCUUAUCUGGCUGAAUUCAGUCUGAGAAGAAGGACUGUUGUUUCUAAUGAAGAAAGAGCUCCACCCUCGGGCACUGCCACAGCUGCUCUGCCAAUAACAAAGGCAUAGCAUUUUCCCUCUUGUGCAUCUCCAACAUGGAUGCUUUUCAGGGCAUUUUAAAAUUCUUCCUUAAUCAGAAAACUGUUAUCGGCUAUAGCUUCAUGGCUCUGCUGACUGUGGGAAGUGAGCGUCUCUUUUCUGUCGUGGCUUUUAAGUGCCCCUGCAGCACUGAGAAUAUGGCCUAUGGGCUGGUUUUCCUCUUUGCUCCUGCCUGGGUGUUACUGAUCCUGGGAUUCUUUCUGAACAACAGGUCGUGGAGACUCUUCACAGGCUGCUGUGUGAAUCCCAGGAAAAUCUUUCCCAGAGGCGACAGCUGCCGUUUCUUCUACGUCCUCGGCCAGAUUGCCCUGAGCUCAUUGGUGGCUCCAGUGAUGUGGCUUUCUGUGGCUCUACUCAAUGGAACUUUUUAUGUAUGUGCCAUGAGUGGGACGAGAAGUUCAGGACUCCUGGAACUGAUUUGCAAGGGUAAGCCCAAAGAGUGCCGGGAAGAACUUUAUAAAGUAUCUUGUGGCAAAACUAGCAUGCUGCCUACCAUCAGUGAAGAACUGAAACUGUCCCUUCAGGCUCAGUCUCAGAUUCUAGGAUGGUGCCUGAUUUGUUCAGCAUCUUUCUUCUCUCUGCUCACCACGUGUUAUGCUCGCUGCCGAUCUAAAGUUAGCUACCUUCAGCUGAGUUUUUGGAAGACAUAUGCGCAAAGGGAGAAGGAGCAGUUGGAAAAUACGUUUCUGGACUAUGCCAACAAGCUGAGUGAGAGGAACCUGAAAUGCUUUUUUGAAAACAAGAGGCCAGAUGCCUUUCCCAUGCCUACGUUUGCUGCCUGGGAGGCUGCUUCAGAGCUGCAUUCUUUCGACCAAAGCCGGCAGCACUAUAGCACCCUCCACAGAGUGGUGGACAAUGGUCUGGAACUUAACCCUGAAAAUGAUGAGACGACAAUGAUUCUUGUGGGUACUGCCCACAAUAUGUAGUUCAUCCACCAUCACUGACUCAUGGUGUUGAGUGGUGUGCUCAUUUCGGGAUUCUCCUAAUGUAUCACCAGCAACCUCGAUAUCUUCUGUAUUUUCUUACAUUUAGAGUAUCUUUAUAAGACAGUAACACAAAGGAAACUGCUUUGAAGUUCUCAAGUGGAGUAUCAGAAUGUGCUCAAAUUGAUACUGAGGGGUCACAAAAGUGCUCUUGCAUUGGUGGAGAGUGGGCUCAGUAGGCCCAAAUGUUGGUCCAAGAUCUAAGAUUUUAUCAUUCAACAGACAGACUUAUGUGAGAGGGCUCAUCCGUCUCUGUAAAUAUUGGUUGCAGAAUUUAGGGGCAGAGGCAAUGGCUCGUGGAUGAGCAAGUUACUCUUAACAAAAUUGCCCUACACAGUGGCUUCUGCUGUGUGAUCAGCAGGAUAGAAUUAAUUCCCUCAGAAUCUGAAGACCUCAGUCCUCAAAAAUAAUUAGUUGCAAGAAUAUGAUGCCUAAAAUUGAAAGUUUUACGCACAUUUUCACUGUAUACUGAAAAUAUGCCCCUGGAAGCAGGGCUGCGUCAUGAUUUUUGUGGGUUUUAUAUACUUUUGCCUUUGUGAACCACUUCCUACUUUCAAAAUAGCAGUAAUAAAUAUAUAGAUAUAUAACAAAUAUAUAUACAGAAAUAUAUAUUUAUAACUGCAUUG